AUGCUCACGCGAUCGCACCUCCAUUCAGUACAGCCCACCCGCUGUCUACUACUUCCAUGCACGUACGGGCGUCUCUCUUCUUGCUCGUUUCAGCUGAUUUCAUCUUUUCCCAGUGUCUCCCCUCUUUACCGUUGGCUGCCUCGUUGGCGUGCGCGAGUGCGUCCAGCCUGCGCUGCUGUCUUUUUCUCUCUUCUGCCUUGGCGCAAUCCCGACAACCGUUCGCUGCCAUCCCUUCCACUGCCUCUGCUCGCCCGCCUUUUCCCCUUCCUCCCUUCAAGUUUGCCUUCUCCAUCUGCGGCGCGUGCACACACUCUCUCUCUGUCGCUCUUGCACACGCUCCUGGCGCUUGCCCUUUGCAUCUGUUGCUGGCGUGCGUGUGUGCGUGUAGCGCGAGCAUUCUCUCCUCGCCCCACUUCUCUUCCCUUGCCACCUUCUCGCUUUGGAGUUUCUCCUCUCUUCAUCUCUUUCCGUACUUCUUCGCUCAGACACGCGCUUGAGCCCCGUUGCGCACGCCGCAUUGAUCGUCUAAUGAUGUCGUCGCCCUCGCCGGAGAAGGGCUCGCCGGGCAACAGCACGGCUGGUGGGCAGCACUCCUCGUGUGGCUACCACGGCGCGGGCUAUCGCAGCGGCGUUGCGGAGAAUUUCCACGGCCGCCCUGCCGCACACCCCUUCCUGCGAUCCCUUUCCUCUGAGCGUUCCGACUCACCGUCGCACGACGCCGGCCCGUCGAGGGGCUUGUAUUCUGGCGUUGGCAAAGAUGCGCGCCUCUCCGGAUCGGCAUCCUACUCAGGUCGCUCUAUGGACGUCUCUGCAUCGGCAGAAAAUGACGGUGGUAGGACAGGUACCGAUGCGGUACUCGCCGACCGACGUCCAGCCGGCACGAAGUGCCUCCGCACAGGCGGCAGCAGCGCUGCCAUGACCCGCACAAUGAGUGACCUGCGCGCCACGCACAGCGGAAUGGUGGUGCCACCCAUUCAGGGCAUACCACACCCCGGGGGACUGCCCCCAGAGACACCGGCAGAGUGCGUGAAGGUGAAGUGCCCGCGAGAGUCGCAUCGACAGCUGACAGCAACGAAGGGGGCCUUCUCCUGUACGACCAGUCUUGCCGUCCUCCAGCGCGUGCAGCCGUUGCAACCGAACACUCACCAGGUAGAGCCGGCCGGGUGGGCACCGAUCGAGCCGUCGCCGAUGCUGACCGGCAUCGCUGACGACAUCGAUAUAGUGGAGGAGUACGCGGAGCAGAUGCAGCGGCGCGCGGCCGCCGCUCUCGCCGGUGACCGUUCUCCGUCGAUAGCGUUUGCCAAGGGUGCCUCUGCCAGUACCGUACGAUCCCCCUCUGUGGCCUCCCGUGUGUUUUCCGACGCAUUGUGGACUCCACUGGAGGCGAUGGUGAUGGCCGAGACGUGGAAAGAAGAUGCACCACUGGGGGUGGUGGCGUCGGCACAAGCCAUGCAACCCGCCGAGGACAGCGACGAUGCCGAGGUGCAAUCAAAGGAUACCCACGGUUUCAUGGCGGAGCGGCGACGCCUGCGGCAGCAGCAGCGAUGGCACUGUAGCGAGGGUACGACAGCUCUAGCGCCCCCGGACGCAUUUGCACCGUCUACGUCGACCCCUACGCGCUCCGGCAAUAAAGGUAACACCGACAGUGAGAGCGAUGUCGAGCAAUCGGGUGGCCGCCUACACACAACGGCGCUGACGCAAUCGGCGCGCCACAAAAAUUCGGUGGAAAGCGCCGCCUCAUACCGGCUCAGUACCACCACCCACGAGUUCUCCUCUGGUAGGCCACAGCUCCCGCCACCUGCCUCUCGCCCUGAUACAACCCCAUCCCCCAGCAUGAUGAAAGGGGCGGGUCGCACGAGUCGCAAGCCCUCGACCCCAAUGCCGCGUGGCUUCGAGAGUUUUAUUGAGAAGGGACAGCAGCGCCGCGCCGAAGCGGAGCGAGCACGACUCGAACGCACCGCCGAGGCUGCAGGCGAGCUGUUGAUCGCUACCUCUAAGCAGAAACACAGGAAUGGCGACGGAAGCGAUGCCGCGCCUGCAACGGCCGGUCAGGCUGCCAAGCCACCGCGCAAGAUGUCGAGGAUGCCACUCCCGCGCGUGUACGAGUCGUACGUGCACAUGGGGCAGGUGAGGCGUGCUGAAGCGAACCGAAAGGAGGCGGAGCGCUGCAGCGACGAAAUCGUCAACUACACGCAUCACCCACUGGUGAACCGCCCCGGAGCCAUGCCAGCUUCUUUCCGGGGCGGUGCCUCGGGCCGAAGGCGGGCGUCCUACCCAAAACCGCGCCCAGCAGCGGCAGGGGGGGAAGACGGCGCGCCAGCUGCUGGGGGGCCGCCCAUGUCUGUCUUUGAGCGCCUCAGCCAUAAGGUGGAGCGGUGCGAUCAGCGCCCGCGUCAGCUCGAGGAGCGCGGCGCACAGUCGUUCCAGCCGCAUGCCCCCGCACCCGCAGCCGCAGUAGAGGACGUAGGCGCGCAGCGCCGUAAGACGCGAGAAGUUGGCCGCACUGUUUUUGAGGACGCCCACCUGCGGGCACGCGGGGAUGGGCACGCCGCCACUGCCGCAUCCGCAGCGCACGCGAGCCUCAAGUCGAAAGUGCCGGGACGUGGUGCGGUAUUUCGGCGCACCCACACAGUGGUGUUCAGCACCACAGGGACAAGAACGGCCCCCACCGGGUACGCAGCGGAAGAGGCCAUUGUUCCCAAGAAGUUACAAGCGGAGAUUGAGCAGCACCUAGCAGGAAUGAUGCGCCGCGAAGAAGAGCACCACGCCAAGUGGGUGAAGCGCCUCGUGGCCCAAGCGGGCGAGGGGGUGGAGGGACGGCAUGGACACGUGGCGCUGAACCCAAUGACGGGCGAGAUGGCGGAGCGGGCGCGGGAGCGGUACCGCCUGCGGGAAGAGCAGGCGAUGCAGCAGCGAGAGGAAAAGGAGGCGCAGGCAGCGGCGGCAGCGACGAAGAAGGCGUCGCAGCGCGUCGUAAGUGUUCGCCGGGCACUUCCGUCCUCGAGGCCUGUGGAGGGAGGCGAGGGGGCAGCGCACACGGCUAGGCAAGAGACGGUGCUGACCCCAAGAGCGACGUCAGCGGUCGAAGAGAAAGCGGGAGCAGCAGCCACACCGCCCCGUAGCGCCACUGCGGACCACUUUUACGCACACCAGCUGCUAGCCGAGAAGCUCAAGCAGCGGCAUCUUGAGGAGCUGCGACUGCAGCGCGCCGAGGCGGAACUUAGCGAGUUUACGUUUCACCCACGACUCAACGGCGCAUCGGAAAAGAUGGCGCAGCGCCUUACGGAGCCCCUUCAGAAGGAUUGCACACACGACGUGCACAAUCGAUCAGCGUCAGCCACGACGCCAUGGGAGGGGGAGGUUGGCUCUGACAGGCGUGCUCGAAGCGUGCCGCAGUUCGCCGAGUUCUGCGGCGCUCACGGUCACAGGCCCUUCGUCAGCUCGCACAGCGGCAUCCUCUUUCAGGAGCUGAACCAAGCAUCAUCACUGAUGCACUGUCAUGUACCGAGUCCCUCGGAGGUGUUACAUCCACGGCCGGGGGAGGGCGGGCUCGACUUCAGCACCGAGGUGGCUUUCAAUGAUGAUUACAGCUACAGUAACACCGAGGGCUUUGCCUGCGAUAUGGUCGACGUGGAGGCGCUGGAAAGAGAGGCGACGACGCUGCCAUGCCUUCCGUCUGGCUCGAUGGCGGAGAAGCUGCGCAACCUUAAGGAGAUGCUGCGCGAGUGGAAAGAGAUCGAGCGCGAGUUCUCGUCUAUGCUAGAGCAGCCCUGCAAGGCCGACAGUACCGAGUAG